AUUAAAGAUGGCCGGCGUCGGUGUCGAGGAAUAUUUUCAUAUUUCCUUCAGUUGGCUUCGUUUGUGUUAAGUAUUUACUUAGCAUUUUCGUAGAUAAGGUUCUUCCUUUAACUUUCAAGCUUAAGCAUUGUUUWAAAAUGGAAUCGUCAAUGAGGGAAGUGUCGUUUCGAACAUCAGAUUUUGAUUUGUUUGGUCAAGAUAUGAGUCCAGCUGAUUAUGAAUUCUUCAAGAAACAUUCAGGAGCUUUCAAGAGGAUGAUGGAAGAUCAGUCCAAAGAAAAGAAACAGGAAUUUGUUGAUGCUUUUAAGGAGUUUUCAGUCAGUCAUGGUUGCUUAAAAGAUAUCUCUGCAAAGACUGACAGCCGACUUGUUUACUUACAAGAAGCUACUCAGAUGUACAAGGAAACCUUUGUAAAUGGUAAAUUGAGUACUGCAAAAAAUAUAGUCACUGAUGCAGCCAUUUUAGCUCAAAAUAAGAAUCUAUUACCAAAUAUGGGAGCAAAAUCRUAUUCUCGAGACCCUUUCUUCCACAAGGAAACACGUGAUGUGUUUCGACGUCUCUUCGGCUCUCCAAGUGUGGAUGGCACUUUUAUUAAGGUAAUUUGUAUCCUUCCACUACAUAUCAAGUUUGGAGGAUCAAUAUGCAGAUAUCUACGUCGAUGGCUGGAUGUAGAACCUGUAAGAUCUCUUCCUUCACAAGCCUCAGCAUCAAAGAAGUCUUCCAAACAAAGUGGAGCACCUCCAGGAAGAAGYACUUCAAAAAAGAAAGAAAAAGAACUAGCAAAAUUGAAAGAGGAGGAGGAUCGCAAAGAAUUYCAAMGAUUCCAAAUGUUUAUAAAUGAGUUUGUGGCCAGUCAAGAAACUGAUCCYUAUCGUUUGUCUCAAAUUAAAGCAGCACUUGAAGCCUUUGAACACCCUGAUUUUGUCAGGCCAGAACCAGAAAGUACAAUUCCAGAUGAAAAACCAUCUGAAAAGACAGAAACAGUUGAGAGUCAUAAUGAAAAGCACCUUUCUCUUGCUGAGCACUUGGAAAAUAAAAAAACUAAAGGAAAAAAUGACGAUCAAAAUUCGUCAGAAAAUAAAAUACCUAGUGAAGAAAAGGAUGAUGURUAUACUGAUAAAAUGAUGGAACACUAUCAAAAUGAGGGGUUUUUUAAACCAAUGUCUUCUGAGAAGGAGACAGACGAGGACAAAAUAGAUGAUAUUGAGAAAAUGUUAUUAUUGAACAAACCUCAUCCUAAUGAGCAAUAUGAACAGUUAUUAGGCAAGAAACUUUCUAAAGAAAAUGAAUUAAAGYUGAAACAAUGUAAGGAGAAUGCUAAGCAACAACGUAAGGCUGAUAAGAAAUCAGAUGAUGUUUGGAGCCAUCAUGACAAAGAGAGGAAAAGACAUGCUUGUGCUAAUUGUCGCAAAGUCGAACCUGAACCCAAGACAUUCAAAAAGUGUCAAAGAUGUCGUGGGAAGAGAACAAAAUUUUAUUGUAGCAGGACCUGCCAAGAAACAGACUGGCUAGUUCACCGAGAUGAUCACAAUUCUAUUGAAGAUGUCACCUGAAAUAAGUCUACAAUUUAAUUGUUGACUGUUACAACGAACUAGAUGGCGAACACUAAAGGCAUGAAACUUAUUAAUCAAAUAGUUCUAAACAGUGAUAAAUAGGUAAUAGGAAUCAGCAAUCACUUAUAUUAGUUUACUAUUUCAUGGUUUAGUGUUUGCACUUAUAAAAUGUAGAUUAAUUUUAAAAUAUAAUUCUUUCUUUUCCAAUAAUUUUUUUGCAGGCCACUUUUCCAAUUCAUUUUCAAUGAUCAGUAGUGUGCAACACUGCAGUUUUUGAUGCUGAGUAAAAUAAGUUAUUGAAAUAUACUGAGUAAUUGUUAUGAAUAUCAGUCAAUUACAUUGCACAGUAGGUCUUAUGCACUAUUUUUAUGUUGGAAUACCUAAUAACCUUCUAAUAUUUGAGAUAAGAUAUUUUGUUUCAAGUAUGGCCAUUUUUUGUAAUAUAUUAGUAUAAUGCUGAAAGAAAGGUAUUAUGUUUAAAACAAAAAUGUCACUCGAACAAGAUGCAGCAGUACUUGUAGAUUCUUAUUAAAACAUAUUUCCCAACA